GUCAAUUGAAUCCACCUAUCGCGUGGUGGAGGGUAGCUUGGGGCGUAAUUGCAGAUCGAAUGUCAAGUGCGUGGACACAAACACUCCGGAACUUUUUUGCCGACUUGUACAUGCGAUCGAAUUGUGUUCCCACCUCGUGACCUCCUCAACACUCAACAGGAUAAAGCGCUAGCGCUUGAUUCUAUGCUCUCCUGCUGUGCAGAAGAAUGGCUCCCUCCCUGUCUUUCGAGGCGGCAAUCUAUCGGUCAGCUGGUUCUGGUUCUUCCGGUGGUCGGAACUCGAUAGCUUGUUCUUCGCGGCUGGAGACGCACCGGGUUUCGUCCACUCGCCGUCGUGCCUUGUGCUGCGCGCUGGACAUAACGCGCGACAAUGUUGCCACUGCUGCUGCUACUGCUACUGCCUUUCCACGGAUUGGCCAUGUCGAGCAGCAGCGGCUUGGGAUCCUCCCGUUCUUGGAGAACAAACGAAUCCUCAUCACUGGAGCUACGGGCUUCCUCGGAAAAGUGCUUGUUGAGAAGAUCCUGCGUGCGCAGCCGAAAGUGAGCAAGAUCUACCUUCUCGUGCACGCUGACAGUCACGAGAAGGCUCGGCAGAGACUCGAGAAGGAUAUACUGGAGUCGAGGCUGUUUGAGCUGAUUCGGGAGGAGUAUGGGGCCGACUAUCGCCAGUUCAUGCUUGAGAAGCUCGUUGCCAUCCCCGGAAGCGUGGAGAAGAACGAUCUGGGACUCGAGAAGCACACCAAGGAGCAGCUCCUCAGCCAGUUGGACGUUGUGGUUAACUCAGCCGCGACCACCAAGUUCUUUGAAAGAUACGACGUAGCUCUGGCCGUCAACACGAAAGGACCGCUAAACCUGUUGGAGUUUGCAAAGAAGUGCUCACGGUUGCAGUUGUUCCUGCACGUCUCCACUGCAUACUCGAACGGGCUCAGACAAGGAAGAAUUUUAGAAAAACCUCUCGCCAGCAUGUCGAACGGUAUAGCUCCUCCUCUGGACGUGUGGAAGGAGAUUGACUCUGUAAGAAACAUAAAAGCCACUUCUGAGGAACUAAAAGAGCUGGGAAUGCAAAGAGCUCAGCUUCACGGGUGGCAAGACACUUACGUUUUCACCAAAGCUAUGGGCGAAACGCUCGUCACCCAAAGCAGAGGAGACGUCCCCGUGGUCAUUCUUCGCCCGUCGGUGGUGGAAGGAACUUCCGCACAGCCAUUUGGAGGCUGGAUCCAAGGCACAAGGAUGAUGGACCCAAUGCUUCUUGCCUAUGGACUUGGCCACCUGACGGGUUUCUAUGCUGAUCCGGACUGCGUCCUCGAUGUCAUUCCAGCAGACAUGGUUGUGAACUCACUUCUAGCAGCCAUGAGCGUUCACGCUGGACGGCCCGGCCUCAGUGUCUAUCACGUUGGAUCUUCAACAGUGAACCCCUUGACGUUCCGGGAACUAGCAGCGUGUACCGAAGAGUAUUUCCAGUCCAAUCCAGUCUUGGAUGAAAGAGGAAAUCCUGUCGAGCGCAGGAUGACGUUCUACGACAACAAGUUGGCAUUCUCCGUCCAUAAGUUUCUCUGCUACAGCCUCCCGAUCCAUGUAAGACCUCCAAACUUUCUUGCCUUAAAUUCUUGUUAUUCUUUUCAGGUUGCACGGUUAUCUGGCAGCCGCAAGCUUCAAAACUCUGCCAAACGAACCGCUAUCCUCGCAGAGAGACUUGAUCAGCUCGUAGAAACUUAUUCCGCUUACACUUUUUACAAAGGACGGUUUGAUAUAACGAACACCAAAACACUGUACGAGCAAAUGCUGCCCGAAGAAAAAGAAGGUUUUGGCUUUGACAUCGGGUCAAUCAGAUGGAAUGAAUAUAUAACGAAUGUACACCUACCAGGGCUCCGGAAGAACAACCGGAGUACUUUCAACACAAAAUUCCGUUUGAUCACCAUGAAAGAGUCCAUCCAAGGAUUAUUCGCAGUUUAAAGAUCUAAUUGGCAGAAGAUAUUGUCAAUACUGUAAUCUUCCUCGACCUCCUCAACUUCUUUAGCUUGAGCAAGUUCCUUCUUGAUCUGUUCCACAUAAAGGUCGCCAACCUUGGGAUCGUACCGUGCAGCCCGCUCAAGAUACUCCAAGGCUGCAAAUUUCUGUCCGUCCUGGCUCAACAAGCUGAAAAAAGAAAAGGAAGAAAGAGUUCAGAGA